AUGAGCCACUCAUUAUCCGACUCGUCACAAAUAGAACACCUUUCUUUAUUUUAUCUUUUCUUUAUAUAUUUUUUUAAUAAAAUUUAUUUGUUUCCGAGGUAUAUUCUCAUCUUCUUUCUUUCUUUCUUUCUUUCUUUCUUUCUUUCUUUCUUUUCGAGGCUACUCACGUUCUUUCUUUCGUUUGUUCUUUCCGAGGUAAAUCAUUUCCUUUCUUUGUUUUUUUUUCAUAGCAACUCACCUUUCUUUCUUUCUUUCUUUCUUUCUUUCUUUCUUUCUUUCUUUCUUUCUUUCUUUCUUUUUUCGAGGCUACUCACGUUCUUUCUUUCGUUUGUUCUUUCCGAGGUAAAUCAUUUUCCUUUUUUUUUUUUUUCCAUAGCAACUCACUUUCCUUUCUUUCUUUUCUUUUCUUUCUUUCUUUCUUUCUUUCUUUCUUUCUUUUCUUUCUUUUUUUCGAGGCUACUCACGUUCUUUCUUUCGUUUGUUCUUUCCGAGGUAAAUCAUUUCCUUUCUUUGUUUUUUUUUCAUAGCAACUCACUUUUCUUUCUUUCUUUCUUUCUUUCUUUCUUUCUUUCUUUCUUUCUUUUCAAGGCUACUCACGUUCUUUCUUUCGUUUGUUCUUUCCGAGGUAAAUCAUUUCCUUUCUUUGUUUUUUUUUCAUGGCAACUCACUUUUCUUUCUUUCUUUCUUUCUUUCUUUCUUUCUUUCUUUCUUUCUUUCUUUUCGAGGCUACUCACGUUGUUUCUUUCGUUUGUUCUUUCCGAGGUAAAUCAUUUCCUUUCUUUGUUUUUUUUCAUGGCAACUCACUUUUCUUUUUUUUUUCUUUCUUUCUUUCUUUCUUUCUUUCUUUCUUUUUUUCAGGUUACUCAUUGUUUUUCGUUUGUUCUUUUUUCCGGUAAAUCUUUCCUUUCUUUGUUUUUUUUCAUGUUUUUCUUUCUUUUUGUUCUUUCUUUCUUUCUUUUUUCGAGCAACUCACUUUUCUUUCUUUUCUUUCUUUCUUUCUUUCUUUCUUUUUCUUUCUUUCUUUCUUUUCGAGGCUACUCACGUUCUUUCUUUCGUUUGUUCUUUCCGAGCAACUCACUUUUCUUUCUUUCUUUCUUUCUUUCUUUCUUUCUUUCUUUCUUUCUUUCUUUCUUUCUUUCUUUUUCGAGGCUACUCACGUUCUUUCUUUCGUUUGUUCUUUCCGAGCAACUCCUUUUCUUUCUUUCUUUCUUUCUUUCUUUUUCUUUCUUUUUUUUUUUUCGAGGCUACUCACGUUCUUUCUUUCGUUUGUUCUUUCCGAGCAACUCACUUUUCUUUCUUUCUUUCUUUCUUUCUUUCUUUCUUUCUUUUCUUUCUUUCUUUCUUUUCGAGGCUACUCACGUUCUUUCUUUCGUUUGUUCUUUCCGAGGUAAAUCAUUUCCUUUCUUUUUUUUUUUCAUGGCAACUCACUUUUCUUUCUUUUCUUUCUUUCUUUCUUUCUUUCUUUCUUUCUUUCUUUCUUUCUUUCUUUUCGAGGCUACUCACGUUCUUUCUUUCGUUUGUUCUUUCCGAGGUAAAUCAUUUUUUCUUUUUUUUUUUUUUUUCAUGGCAACUCACUUUUCUUUCUUUCUUUCUUUCUUUCUUUCUUUCUUUCUUUUCGAGGCUACUCACGUUGUUUCUUUCGUUUGUUCUUUCCGAGGUAAAUCAUUUCCUUUCUUUGUUUUUUUUCAUGGCAACUCACUUUUCUUUCUUUCUUUCUUUCUUUCUUUCUUUCUUUCUUUCUUUCUUUCUUUUCGAGGCUACUCACGUUCUUUCUUUCGUUUGUUCUUUCCGAGCAACUCACUUUUCUUUCUUUCUUUCUUUCUUUCUUUCUUUCUUUCUUUCUUUUCGAGGCUACUCACGUUGUUUCUUUCGUUUGUUCUUUCCGAGGUAAAUCAUUUUCCUUUCUUUGUUUUUUUUUUUCAUGGAAACUCACUUUUCUUUCUUUCUUUCUUUCUUUCUUUCUUUCUUUCUUUCUUUCUUUCUUUCUUUUCGAGGCUACUCACGUUCUUUCUUUCGUUUGUUCUUUCCGAGCAACUCACUUUUCUUUCUUUCUUUCUUUCUUUCUUUCUUUUCGAGGCUACUCACGUUCUUUCUUUCGUUUGUUCUUUCCGAGGUAAAUCAUUUCCUUUCUUUGUUUUUUUUUUUCAUAGCAACUCACUUUUCUUUCUUUCUUUCUUUCUUUCUUUCUUUCUUUCUUUGACUACUUACAUUCUCUUUCUUAAAUUUGUUUCAUCUCCCAAACACUUUUAUUCUCCUCUCUAUUUUAGUAACUGCAUUUCUUUCUUUGUUUUCUCUCAAAUCUACAUUCAUCCAAAUUUGUAUCUUUCUAUAGAGUCUCUUCUUUCACUUUCACAUUUCUUUUCAUCCACACGCGUUUGUUUCACAGUAUUUUAUUAG